AUGGAUCUUGACGAGUUUCUUUCUGUUCACGAAGAGAAAUCCUCUGAGGGUGUAAGGGGUCUGCCAGGGGGCAGACACACAAGUUACUUGCUAUCAGACCUUUUGCAGACUGUACACAAGAAUCUUGGCAUCCCCCGAGGAAGAAAGCCAUCUGCUUUUAAAAUUGCCGGGGACAGCCCCAAAGGAAACUCAACUAAUGGUUUUGGCAAAGAGAAAGAUGAUAGGACCUCUCUUGAUGUAACUGAAGAGUGCAAACCAGAAGCUGAGGGCGAUAAAGGAGAGCACAAUGAAAAUGAGUUCGAAGAAACAAAUGAGGAGGCUGGUAGAAAAAGUAAAUCAAAAAGGAGGAAGCCCCAUACAUACAGAUACAAUCCUAAACCUGUGCAGAAAAAGAGUUGCAGAAACUUUGUUCCAGAUUCAUUGAAAGACAUUGACUAUUGGGAAAAAAGAAAGCGGAAUAAUUUAGCUGCAAAGAGGUCACGAGAGGACAGAAGGAGAAAAGAACUUGAGGUGUUAAACAAGAUGGCCAAUCUUGAACAGCAAAAUGCCGAUUUGAUGGCUCAAGUUAAAUCGCUAGAGGAAAAGAAUAAAAUACUUUUGAAGAAAUUGAGGGAGCAGCAAAAACUGAGUUAUGAAGUGAAUUUAAAUAAUAUAUAG